UGCAGAUUUAGAUUAGAUAUUUCUAUACCAUCACAAUAAUUCUGAUCUAAGUUAAAAUAUGUGUUCAUCCGUGAAAUCUUACGUUGUUCCACUCCUACCUAUAAUGACGUUGCUGCUAUUACGAAGCGUUGACUGUGAACAGCGUAUUUGCUUCGAAGUGCCAGACUCGCCAUUGAACGACGAAGUUCGAGUUUCUGUGAACUAUGACAAAAUUGAUAAAAUUGUUAGCAGACAUAUUGAUCAAGUUAUGAGGGAAUGGCGCGUUGAAAUGCGACAUCGUUUUGAGGAUCGAGGAAAAAUAUUAAAACAGCAGUUUAAAAAUGCAACAACAGCAAUGAAAGAGAAAUUGGAAGAAGUUAUUCUUUUCAACAAAACAAAAGACUGUCCAGUUCGAACUGAUAAAUUUUCUGGCGAACUUUGUGAAGUACGUCGCGAUGAUGCAUGUUACUGGACAUAUGCUACCUAUUCUCACACCCUAACAUACUCAGCAGCGGUGGAAAUUUGUAAAGGAAAAAUUCUACUGUAGCUAUCAUACCUGACCGAUCUGUUUACGAUGAUGUUCGUGCCAGUCUGAACAAAAGAAUACCGAAAGUACGGGCAGGAUAUGUAGAUGCAUGGCUUGGAAUCAGGGUUGAUCCAAGGAGUGGACAAAUCACCUACCCCGAUCCUGAUGUGUUCCAUUCAUGGGGAUAUAACGCACCAUUCAAGGGAGAGAAAAGCACUCAAGUGUUUCUGUUUUCGUCGCCCGGAUUUUAUGGAAUGAGAAACAAUGCCCCAACAAGUUACCAAAGCGGGGUUGUUUGCCAAAUAUAACUACAAAUCUUGGAAAUGUAUUUGAUACAAUGCAUUGUAUACAAUUCCCAUAGACUCCAAUAACAUUAGUAUUAUUCAAUUGAACGGAACUGUGUUUUGAGUGAAUACGUUUAUUUACAUAUCAUUAGACCCUUUGAAUUUUGUGAUUCAAAUUUUCGAAUGUACAAACAUGAUUUGACAAGUGAAAAAAUUGUUUUUAUUUUGUUAUAUUUCUUUAGUAUCUUGGUGAAGAAGGAUUUGAACGUUGACUAUAUCUAAAAAUCGUGUAUCUUUUAAAGUGAACGAAUUAAACUAUAAUUCUAAUUCAACAAAAACCACUCAUGUUUGUGAUAUAUGUGUCCAUGAAUACGAGCAUUGUGCAGAAACUUACAUGGAUAAUUACUGACUAAACUUCAUGAAACUAGUAACCUCAAACUAGAUAAAUAUUUGAAAGGACUAAAAAUAUCAUUUGAUUCCGGAGUGACCAAAUUUUAUAUCCGGACAUGUUCAGACCAUGAGCAUCCAAAAAAAAAACGCCCUCGGAUAGGGAGGGAAAAAGUCAGGUCUACCUGUUUUGUUUUCCACGAUUUUACGGAAUGAGAAACAAGAAACCUACGUUAUAUACUAACGAGGUUGUGUGCUAAAUUUGAUAAUAAAAAGUUAUAUAAAACUUAUACUUUCAUCAAAGAACAGUCAGAGUGAUAAUUUCAAAUUCAAAAUAAUUUCAAAGCAUUUAAUACAAAUUAUAUUAUCGUAAUUUGGUCAUUUCUAUAUAUAAUACAUCCAUUAUAAAAGUUCAAGAAAUAACUAUCUUUAUCAGGGCAGAUUUUAGCGUGUAUUAUUGAGGUCGGGUAAGACCCGAAUUAUAAUGAGAAACCAGCACUUACAACAUAGACUUUACGGUUUCUGAACCCAGUCCUGGAGAGUGGUCAAACAACAGUUUCUGGUUUAAGGCAACGAUCAGACUGCCAAAACGAAAAUAUAUUUUAUUUGGUAAAUUUAGAGGUACAUUGCAUUUCUAAUGACUUUGUUCGUUAGGGCAGCCACACAAGUUCUGAUUUGUGAAUCAAGCGCAGUGUUUGGUGGUGGAUAAGUCUACAAAAAGUUCACAAUAACAACCCGGAAACUGGAACAAAAACAAUAGUGUGGCAACUGGCAACAUGCUCCGUUGGUCCACUUGUGUUCAAAAACAUAUUGGAACCUUUGCCAACCCAGGUUUCCGACUCUCGAGUCCGCCCGGCUUCACGAGGAAGUUGAAUAUUUGCAACAAAAAAUUUGUCAUAUUCAAGCCCUUCUUUGUAGAUUGUUGAGACCAUUUAGUAAACCUAACUUUUUGAUUUUAACUUUGUUUAUCACCAUGAAAUCCUGCCAACGUCGACUGGCGUCCUAAACUCUACAGUCACGAGCCUUCCAUGAAACAUUUUACGCGUGAACGUUAUCAACGUGUCCUAGACGUUUACGACCAAUGUACCAAUCAGUCAGGAAUACUUUUAUGUCAAAAUAUUUUUACAUGAUACAUUAGUUUUGUAUACCGGAGGCAUUUAAGGUCUCAACUGGGAAUGGUUCAGUUCUAACGUAAGGCUGGCACGUUAACAUGAUACUUUUAUACUUUCAUCGCAACUGCUUUGUGACUUUGCUUUUGUGGCAUUUUUACAUAUUUCAUUGAAUGUCUUUGACCGUACCCAUUGCAAAUUAACGGGAAUAACAUGCACGGAAAUUUUAUUUUAUUAAAUUUGCAACUUGCAACUAAC